UGGAAAGUCUCCUUUGCUUAAUUCUGUUUACCAUUCAUCAUGCUGCUUUAAUCUCAGGAACCCCACCAGAGAGAAUUCCUUCAGUCAAAGAUGAAGGAAUUGAAAUAUCGAGAAGCUUAAGCGGAAGUGACUCUUUACAUGAGAGGAAUCCAAUGGACCACAUCAUGCAUCUACCUGAUGCAUUCCCACAUUUCCCUGAUCCUCAAUCAGAGGGAAAUCGCCUUGGAUAUUUGAUGGAGAAAUCCCGUCCGGUAGAGGAAGUAUUAAAGCCACACGGGGAAGUCGGCUUGCACAGAAGCAGCAAAGACAGCGAAAGUUCUUCACUUGAGCGGCAAUACACCAGAGAUGAAGAAGAUGAACAGAUAAAUCGACAACCAACUUCGAAUAAAGGAAUAUGUGAAAAUCGCACCGUGUGGGGGAGGAAAGAUCCAGCUGCCUACCUCAAUUCACCGCGUCCAUCCCUCCAAACCCAACGCAGCAAUCAGCCAGGUACGCCUGUUUCUCUGAAGGUCAAGCCAAGUGUCGGAACGAAACGCCAAGGGGGAAGAUCAGUCAGCAGCUGA